GCCGCGGAGCCGCUCGCACUCCGGCCACUUCGACCGUCCCAGCGCAGCUCCGCCGCCGCCGCCUCCUCUUCCUCCUCCUCGACGGACUUUUGGCAACUGCCCCGCCGCCGCCGCCGCCAUGGACGCCAUCAAGAAGAAGAUGCAGAUGCUGAAGCUGGACAAGGAGAACGCGCUGGACCGCGCCGAGCAAGCCGAGGCCGACAAGAAGGCCGCCGAGGAGCGCAGCAAGCAGUUGGAGGAAGACAUUGUGCAGUUGGAAAAGCAACUGCGGGUCUCGGAGGAUGAGAGGGACCGCAUCCUGGAGGAGCUGCAUAGCGCCGAGGACAGCCUACUCACUGCGGACGAGAAGGCCACCAAGGCUGAGAGCGAUGUGGCUUCUCUGAACAGGCGCAUCCAGCUGGUGGAGGAGGAGCUGGAUCGUGCCCAGGAGCGCCUGACGACAGCCCUGCAGAAGCUGGAGGAGGCCGAGAAGGCGGCAGACGAGAGCGAGAGAGGCAUGAAGGUCAUUGAGAGCAGAGCCCUGAAGGAUGAGGAGAAGAUGGAGAUCCAAGAGAUCCAACUGAGAGAGGCCAAGAACAUCGCUGAGGACGCUGACCGGAAGUACGAGGAGGUGGCCCGGAAGCUGGUGAUCAUCGAGAGUGACCUGGAGCGUGCAGAAGAACGGGCUGAGCUCUCCGAAAGCCAAGUCCGACAGCUGGAAGAACAGCUAAGAACAAUGGACCAGACCUUGAAAGCGCUCAUGGCAGCCGAGGAAAAGUACUCUCAGAAGGAAGACAAAUACGAAGAGGAAAUCAAGGUCCUUACUGACAAACUGAAAGAGGCUGAGACCCGAGCUGAAUUUGCAGAGAGGUCAGUAACCAAGCUAGAGAAGAGUAUCGACGACUUGGAAGACCAGCUCUACCAACAGCUUGAGCAAAACCGGCGUCUCACUCAUGAGCUGAAGUUGGCCCUGAAUGAGGAUUAAGCUUUCGUACUUCCUAACCCAUGUGUCUUGACUCACCUGCCGUUGAAUGAUGCGAGAGACCUGUGUCCGCUGCUGGUUGGGGCUGAAGCUGGGUGGGCCUAGGAGGUUUUAAGAUUCUGUCUUGGCAUGUCCUUUUCAACCUUAAGAUGGGCUGCACUCUUGAUCAUAGUUUGAUAAAAUGAGACCAAGGAGUCUCCUCCUUGGAAGGGGUAGUUUUACUAGCAGUUCUGGGCUUGGGGGUGGGGGGAAUGCUGAAAUCGGAAUCUUGGUGAAGUUUGCUUCCUGUUGGGCUCAGGGAUGAGAUCUGAACUCUCAGUUUUCUAGCCCAAGUCAAAACAACUUUGUGCAUGGGCAGCGGAAAAGGGUCUUUGGUCGAUCACCUCUGCCAGUUUUGUGGUACAUUUGCAUCGUUGUGAAGCUGCUGUUGCUGUGUUGAUUGUAUGUGGAUCUCGAGCUUUUGUGCUUUUGUCUCCCAUCACAGACGUGAAUUUAAUGCCUUUCCUACACAAUAUGCAUGUGACUUUACACUAACAGCUAUUGCAAAAGCUGCUUUACUUUUCCCUAGCAGCAGAACAAUACCUGAAACUUCCCUAGCAGACAGAUAGCUGCCUCUUUCCUUCACCCUCCACGUUGUCAUGUUCUACCAUUUCUGCAGUCCUGGUGGAGUAAAAUUGCAAAAUACUCUUGUCAGCAUUUUUAGAACAUGGAUUUUUCUUUUCUUUCUUCUGCAACCUAACUUUGUCCCCACCUUUUUAAAUUUGUGAUAGAAAAAGGGCAGACUUACUUUCUUUCUUUUUAGAAGACGGGUUGAGUCAGCCAGUUGCCGCAGCAAUAACUGACAAAUCACCAACUCCGUUAGGUGUUUAAGGUGCUCAGGUUUUGCCUUAAAUAUGCCAAAACAAGUUUGUCACUUGACUUGGCCAGAUCAGUUUGGGGUGCUUUAUCCCUUUUUUUAUUUCAAAUACUUUGACUGCCAUAGUGAAGCUAUGCAUAGGUGUUUCACCGCAAUGUUUGCCUUCCUGCCAUUAAAGGAUGCCUCCAAAUGA